CUCGAAACAGAACUUCAUCGUUCUUUCUCAAACGUCAACGGUCAAUGAAUAGGCCAUCUCCAUUUUUGUACAUCUUCUGAGCUUCAACUUUUCUCGCUGCUCUCUAUCUCAUGGCUUCUUCUUCAUCGUCUCGCACCUGGAAUUACCGAGUCUUUGCGAGCUUCCACGGACCAGACGUCCGUAAAAGCUUUCUGAGUCAUUUUCGCAAACAGUUCAUCUGCAAUGGGAUUACAAUGUUCGAUGAUCAAAAGAUCGUGAGAAGUCAAACCAUCGCUCCUUCACUCACGCAAGGGAUUAGAGAAUCGAAGAUCUCGAUCGUCAUUCUCUCCAAGAACUAUGCUUCUUCUACUUGGUGUUUGAAUGAGCUCCUGGAGAUUUUGAAGUGCAGGGAAGAUAUUGGGCAAAUUGUGAUGACUGUAUUCUACGGAGUAGAUCCAUCUGAUGUCCGCAAACAAACCGGUGAAUUUGGAACAGUUUUCAAUAAAACUUGUGCUCGUAGAACAGAGAAAGAGAGGCGAAAUUGGAGCCAAGCUUUGAAUGUUGUGGGAAACAUAGCCGGAGAACACUUCCUUAACUGGGACAAUGAAGCGGAGAUGAUCGAGAAAAUUGCAAGAGAUGUAUCGGAAAAACUGAAUAUGACACCGUCUAGUGAUUUUGAUGGCAUGGUUGGGAUUGAAGCUCAUUUGAAGGAGAUGGAGGUUUUGCUAGACUUUGAUUAUGAUGGAGUUAAGAUUGUUGGAAUCUUUGGUCCUGCAGGUAUUGGUAAGACAACUAUUGCGAGAGCUUUGCAUAGUCUACUACUCUUUAAGAAGUUUCAGCUUACUUGUUUUGUUGAUAACCUUAGAGGAAGCUAUCCCAUUGGUAUUGAUGAGUAUGGUUUGAAGUUGCGUUUACAAGAACACCUUCUUUCAAAGAUUUUGAACCAAGAUGGUAUGAGGAUAAGCCAUUUAGGUGCGGUAAAAGAGAGGUUAUGCGACAUGAAAGUGCUUAUCAUUCUUGAUGAUGUGAAUGAUGUGAAGCAAUUAGAGGCUUUGGCUAAUGACACUACUUGGUUUGGUCCUGGAAGUAGGGUUAUUGUGACAACAGAAAACAAAGAGAUUUUGCAGCGGCAUGGUAUCGAUAAUAUGUACCAUGUGGGCUUUCCUUCUGACGAAAAAGCUAUGGAGAUCUUAUGUGGAUAUGCUUUUAAACAAAGCUCUCCACGUCCUGGUUUUAACUAUCUUGCACAAAAGGUAACAUGGCUUUGUGGUAACCUUCCUUUGGGUCUACGUGUGGUUGGUUCAUCUUUACGUGGGAAGAAGGAGGACGAAUGGAAAUCUGUGAUACGAAGGCUAGACACUAUUAUUGAUAGAGAUAUCGAAGACGUACUAAGAGUUGGCUACGAAAGUUUACAUGAGAAUGAGCAAUCUCUGUUUCUCCACAUUGCAGUCUUCUUCAACUGCAAAGAUGUUGAUCUUGUGAAAGCCAUGCUUGCUGACGAUAACUUGGAUAUCGCACACGGGUUGAAAAUCUUGGUAAACAAAUCUCUCAUAUAUAUAUCUACCACUGGGGAAAUAAGAAUGCACAAGUUGCUACAACAAGUGGGCAGACAAGCCAUUAACAGACAAGAGCCUUGGAAACGCUUGAUCUUAACUAAUGCUCAAGAGAUUUGUUAUGUCCUUGAAAAUGAUAAAGGUACUGGAGUUGUGUCUGGCAUAUCAUUUGAUACAUCAGGAAUUAGCGAAGUGAUUUUAAGCAAUAGAGCUCUUAGAAGAAUGUCUAAUCUCCGAUUCCUAAGUGUUUACAAGACAAGACAUGAUGGGAAUAAUAUAAUGCAUAUACCUGAGGACAUGAAGUUUCCACCUCGCCUAAGGUUACUACAUUGGGAAGCAUAUCCGAGCAAGAGUCUUCCUCUUGGAUUUUGCCUGGAAAAUCUUGUCGAACUCAAUAUGAAAGAUAGCCAGCUCGAAAAGCUCUGGGAAGGAACUCAGCUGUUGACAAAUCUUAAGAAGAUGGAUUUGUCAAGAUCAGUUCAUUUGAAGGAACUCCCAGAUCUUUCAAAUGCUACAAACCUGGAGAGACUGGAACUAUGUGAUUGCAGGGCUUUGGUAGAGCUUCCAAAGUCUAUUGGGAAUCUUCAUAAACUAGAGAACUUAGUGAUGGCUAACUGCAUAAGUCUAGAAGUCAUACCAACUCACAUCAACUUGGCAUCUCUUGAGCAUAUCACCAUGACUGGAUGCUCACGACUGAAAACAUUUCCAGAUUUUUCUACAAACAUUGAGAGACUCCUUCUAAUCGGCACAUCGGUAGAAGAAGUGCCUGCAUCAAUCAGGCAUUGGUCUUCUCUUUCGGAUUUUUGUAUAAAAAACAAUGAAGAUCUUAAGAGCUUAACAUAUUUUCCAGAGAAGGUAGAGCUGCUAGAUCUAAGCUAUACUGAUAUUGAGAAGAUUCCAGAUUGCAUCAAAGGUUUUCAUGGGCUAAAGUCUCUUGAUGUAGCCGGCUGCAGAAAACUCACAUCAUUGCCUGAGCUCCCUAUGUCACUCGGACUCUUAGUGGCUUUAGAUUGUGAAUCACUGGAGAUAAUAACAUACCCUUUAAACACUCCAAGUGCGCGACUCAAUUUCACCAACUGCUUCAAACUUGGUGAAGAAUCAAGGAGACUAAUCAUCCAACGAUGCGCGACUCAGUUUCUUGACGGGUAUGCAUGCUUACCGGGAAGAGUAAUGCCUGAUGAGUUCAACCAAAGAACUAGCGGUAAUAAUUCCUUGAACAUUCGUCUUUCUUCUGCAUCCUUCAAGUUUAAAGCAUGCGUCGUGAUUUCACCUAACCAGCAACAACACUCAUGGGAACACACUGAUAUACGGUGUAUCGUAGGCAGUUACAAUAAAGUUAUUUGCGUAGAACACCCAAAUGAAUCGACCAGAAUUCAAACCGAACAUUUGUGUAUAUUUCAUGGUAGCGUGUCUGAAGUUAGCAGCAACGAGGCAUUGUUUGAAUUCUGCAUCGAUGCCUCGAAUCAAUUUGAUAACUUCAAGAUUCUCGAAUGUGGUGUACGAAUCUUGACUAAUGAACCGGAGAGAAGCAGCAAGAAGACCGUCUCUAGGGGGCUCAGGUCCCAUGCCAAAAUUUUGAAAGCUUGCUUACAUAAAAGGAAACAGAAAAAAAUGAUUGGUUAUUUACUAAAAGAGGAAUUUGGUUUGCCAAGGGAUAACAGGAUUAUUGAAGUCGAUGAGGACAACAACAAUGAUCAUACAGUGAGCUUGGACUCGGCAUCAGACAAUGUUGAAGGAAAGGAGAAACCUAUAGAUUGUUGGAGUUGGCUCUGCAUCUGCUUUGAUCUAUCCAAUAUUGUGAGGAACAUGGGAAAGCUUGUGUUGGGUAAGGAAACGACAGAAUCCAUAGAUGGAGGAGUUCUUCACGAAUACAGCACUAGGAAAGAUGAUGACGUGACCAUGGGCUAAUCCUGUGUGGCGUGGGCCAUCUGGCAUGGGUCCUAACUAACUCCUAUAUAUAAUCGAACUCAUUCUAUUUGUAAUCUCACUUUUUUUUUUUUUUUUUUUUUU